GGAAUACAGCCGGUGAAUCUGCAGGUAAUGCGCCUCCUACGUUUGUAUUUGACUUUAUAAGGUGCUAAGCCCCCUCUAUGUAGCAAUGGGCUUACAGUAAGGCUUUCAGCGGUGAACCAGGCGCCUUUUGGAUUAAGUACUGACAGGUAUAAGAACCAUGUUUAGUGUGGCAACGGAGAUUUCGCAUUCUUAUUCCAUACAGCCUAUUCUAUUGAGUCUGAGAAUAUCAACUAGGCUGUCGGCUUAAGCGAAAUGGAUGGGCUUUCUAUCGCCGCCUCAAUCGCCGGGUUAGUUUCAGUGGCCGAGCUCGUGUUCCGAACGACAGCUCGGUACGUGAAAUGUGUCAAAGGAGCGGAAACUGAAGUUGAAGACUUGCUUCGCGAGGUUAAAGAGUUCACUAACAUCUUACACAAUUUGUCCCUUGUCGCAUACGAAUUAGAGGACCCGCUGCCUACCAAUGACUCCGCAUCGCAGCCUUCUGCAAACUUGAGGCUGCAGUACCUUAAUGAUUGCCGGCCAAUUCUAAAUCGCCUCGAAAAAGGACUGUACGGUCUUAGAGGGGAUCUUGAAUCACCUUCAAAGUUCAAUAGGCUUCAAAGUCGUUUGAAAUGGCCCUUCUCAUCUGUGGAGAUGAAAGAGAUGAUCCAAUCGAUACAACGUCAAAAACAGACGCUCAAUCUUGCUGUGUCUGCUGAUUCAUUUUACCAGCUGAAGAAGUAUUUAUCACGUCAAAAGGAUGCAUCCAAGCGCUUGAAUAAUCUCCAGUCGACAGUGACGGAGAUACUUGACAUUGAAACUAAAAUCAUUCUCGAUAAAACCAGAAGAGAUGUCCUAGACUUUUUUACCAAAGAGACUAACCCUCGUCCGAAUUUUGAGAUGAACAGAAAAUUACGUCACCCGCUUACUGGUGCCUGGUUUACAGGGGGUACUGGUUUUAAGAAUUGGUACUCCAAUCCAGGUGCGAGAAUAUGGAUCAGUGGUAUCCCUGGGGCCGGAAAAUCUGUGCUUGCUGGCGCAAUUGUCACAGAAUGCUUUUCGUUGUGUUCGAAGGACGACAGGGUGGCGGUUGCAUACUUCUUUUGUUCAUACCAGGAUGAGAAGACACAUCUUGCGAAGAACAUCCUAUCAUCUUUGGCGUCUCAACUUGCCAGGCAGAGUGAAGAGGCUUUUCAGAUACUCCACGAAUAUUACGAAGAGUUACUACCACACGAAUAUCUCCCAGGGGACCCUUCCCCUGCCAGAUUACUCGAGGUGAUUACUGAUAUAUCAACUCUAUUUGAUCAAAUUUUCAUUAUUGUGGAUGGGUUAGAUGAAUGUGUCGUUCAUACAUGUGAAGUCGUCGAUGGCUUGGCCGACCUUUCAACCUCCCAAAACCACGAAAUUAUCACAAUGGCUCUACUGAGUCGGGAUGAGUUUCAAAUUCGCGAACGACUAGAGUCGGAAUUCAAGCACAUUGAUAUCCAAGCACAUACAGAAGACAUACAGCUAUAUGUAGCCUCUGAAUUGGAGGAGCGAAUUAAUUCGAGGAAACUUAGGCUACGGGAUAUGUCGUUGAAGGAUCAUAUCAUGACACAACUAGUUGAUGGCGCUAAGGGCAUGUUCAGAUGGGUGGCCUGUCAACUAGACCAUCUUUGCGAACUAUCUACAGAUAGAGCAAGGCGUGAAGCCUUAACCAAGCUCCCACCAACGUUGCCAGCUAGUUAUGAGCGCAUCCUCCAUCAAGUACAAAGCUCGAACGAACAAGUACAAAAGCUUGUACAGAAAUGUCUUCAAUUAAUCGCUUUCAGCCGCCACGGACGCCUCAAUAUCCAACAGAUAUGCGAAGCAGUGUCGAUCUCAAUUGACCAAGACACCUUCGAAGAAGACGAGGUUGUCGAAGCAGAUGAGAUUAUGAAACAUUGUAGUAGCCUCAUUCGAAAGUCGGCAGACUGCAAGACGUUCGAAUUUACCCACUACUCCGUGAUGGAGUUUCUUGAAGGGAUAUGUACCACGCAUCCGACUCUUUCUUCCUAUCACAUCUCCGUCGAUAAGGGGCAUUCACUCCUAGCCCCAUUGUUUCUAAGGUACCUGACAUUUAAAAAUCAUGAAGAGACUCCCGUGGAGACGAAGAACUGGAUUCAACACACAGUAAAGAGGAAUGAAGCACGCCCGCUUUACGAGAUUGCUGCGAUGUACUGGCUAUGGCAUAUGAGGCGUGAAAUGGCCUCUGAAAAUACUGCCACGCGACAUUUUCUGGGUAAUCUGUUUGACGCCAGUAAAACGGCGAGCUUUACUUCGUGGGCGAUCGAGUUAAUACGCCAUUGCCUUUCACGGGAAAGUGUGCCCGCAUACCUGAUACGGGCCGACUUUGGACGAGACGAACAAACCGCCCUGACUAUUAUCACCGCCGUUACAAGACCGGACUUUACACCUUUACAUAUGGCCUCAGCGUUAGGCUUGCCUAAUGUUUGUCGGCAUCUUCUUGAGCAAGGCGCGAAAGUAGAUACGAGAAGCCGUUUCGGUACUCCGUUACAUUGUGCAAUCGGCAGUUUAAAUAUAUUCAUCGAGUCAGAAAGUUGUUAUGCUAUUCGUAUGGGUAUUUUGGGGGAGAUGGUACCCGCUUGCGCGAGAUAUCAAACGAUUCAAAUCCUCAUGGCCGCCGGAGGUACUACGUCCUCACUUUUUACAACACCAUUUAAGCAGGGAGCACUGCUGUCAUUGGCGCGUCUAUCCUCUUGGUACGACGAAGAUUUUAAUGUGAUGGCGGACCUGAUCAGAGCUGAUGUUCGGCUAGAUGACCACGAUGUGAUUGGUUUCGAAUAUUUUUACAAAUUCAUUGUUGACCGGGCAUCGCCGGAUAUGUUCAAAGCCGAACAUCCUGGAGGCAAGGCGGUCGUAUCUCUACUUGAAGCUCUCGGGAGGCCAGAGGAUGACUCCGGCCCUAGGUCGCGACUGUAUACUAUGACUCUUAAAUUUGCAAACUCAAUGAAAGUGGAACUUGACCGCUCCUUACAUGUCCUCGUUAUAGAUGACUGGGCUAGCGAAGAAGCACUUCGAAAGUUCGCACUAUCCGUUAUUGAAAAUAAUGACAUAACUUCCUUGGAGCGAUUUGUCGAGAGCGGGCAAUUGGAAAUGCUAAAGGCGGUCAAGCUUUCGGAAGAUGACGAUGACUGGACAGCGUUACAUUCCUGCGUUCAAGCAAGAUCAAUCGACAUACUGAAGCUCUUAUUGGAAGUUGGUUGGGUGCCCAACGUGGCUGCAGCGGAUGGGAAAACACCCCUGCACCUGUGUUCUGAAGAUAAGGACCGGGAUAUUAUUAGGGUAUUGUUGGAGCAUGGUGCUUCAACUAUCAUACAUGAGGCUGAUAUGAAUACCAUUUGGCACACUUGUGCUCGUGUCGGCUCUAUCCAAUCACUGAAAGUACUUAUCGAGUUGGACCAGGAUAAGGACACUGCAUUGAAGAUGCAGUCAAAACAAGGCUUCACUCCAAUUUGCGAGGCCCUCAACAAAUUUAAAGUAAAUGCAGUUCGCCUACUUAUGCCUUACUGUAAUUCUUUAGAAUUCUGGAAAGGCGAUAUCCUAUUUUUCCGGAGAGCUGCUAAUAUUGGAUCGAUUGAUAUCGUCCAACAUUUAUUGGAUAUUGGAAUACCACUUGACAAUCUGGAUCCUGAUCUCGGAAGUCCGUUGCAUUCUUUAGGUCAAGAUGCAACUCUCAAACUUGUUAAACUCCUUAUAUUAUUGUUCCCUCACUGUCAUAUACGAUGUGGGAAGGGUAGAACUCCGUUUGAGGAGCUACUCAUUUGGUCUAUUGAGAAGGAUAACGAGGUUCAUCCUGAUAUAUUCAUUGAGCUAUUGGCGGGAUUUGGAACGUCUAAAUGGCAGCAGUGUGGAAACCUGUGGGCCUCGGUAUCCUCAGCGGUAGUGCCGUAUGCACUUUCAACUGAAAAAGAUAUUAAUUGGCUCAAACAACUGCUCUUUCGGCUGUCGGAGACUGCUGUGGUAAGAGUGCACGAAGAGGAAAUGGGAACAUCGGCUUUCGUACAGCUCAUUGAUCAGUUGGAAUCUGUUAGCAAUAAACUUUCGCCGCGAUCGAUGCAGCUCCGACAAGGGAAAUGCCUUAGCGACCUUGACGAACCUCAGGUGCUUGGAAACUGGUCUUCGUUUUCCGAAAUACUCAUUAAUAUUGCUUCUAAAACGUCUCAUUGGGAUAGUUCAUUAACGCAGGAUUCCGCCGCCAAACUCUUAUCAUGGUCUAUUAUCCAUGACGACACUACAAUGAUAAGAUUUCUGUUAAACAAGGGUGUGGACGUUCAUAAUCGGGUCGACAAUUUAUCUGCUAUGGAGUUGGCUUGCUUAUCACAAGUAUCUAUUAGCGAAGAAAACUUUUCUCGGCUCCUCUCUUCUGCUCGACACGAGGAGCUUAUCGCUACGAACGAAAAAGUUGACGGCUUUAGCCUUGUCCACCUUGCUUCAUUUCCCGGGCCCGAAAUUUACGAGGACCGCAAUACUAGGAAGUUGAAACAGAUUCUAGAUGCUGGCGUCGACUGUAAUGCAUGCUCGAAUCAAAAGUCUCCACCUCUUUUGUACUCCAUUGGGCACUAUUACCUCAAGGCUUCCAAAGUUCUUAUUGAUUAUGGCGCGGAUGUCUUGUUGGCAAAUUCAUUUGGGAUGGAUGCUGCACUCAUAGCUGUACAAGUGAACAAUUUACCUGCGUUAAAAACGGUCGCACAAACAGUCAGCAGGAAACAACUCACCCCGCUAUGGGGGAGGACCUGGAGUGACACUAUGGAUGGCCACCUCUUCUCGGGUGGGAAUGUUAUUCACCUUGCCGCUAUAUCCAACGCGGUAGAAUGUAUCGAAUUCUACUUAAACGAAAAACUCCUUUAUAAUAUCGAGCCUUUGGAUGACGAUAUGGAAACUCCAAUGCACUACGCGGCCAGCUUUAACAGCCUGGGUGUAAUCGAAUUUCUUAAAGAACGUGGCUGCAGCAUUGAUGCAGUAAGACGCGACGGUUUAUCGCCAUUACAUCUUGCUGUACAAUGUAAGCAUUUUGAUGCAGUUAAAAUGUUGCUAGACUUGGGCGCUCAGAUGAAGCCCUGCUCCCUUGGAAUGACACCAUUGGCGUAUGCCCACCAAGCAGGCGACUAUAAUAUCAUACGAUUGCUAAAGACUCAUGAGCGCCAAGAGUUUCCCUUAGCUUCCCCCGCUCAGGAAAAAGGGGUGACAAUCCUGGCGGAGGCAUAUUGUGCUGCCAUAACCCGAAACGAUAUUAGCGCAUGUGAGGACUUACGCAAACACGGCCGCCUCGUGAACCUGGAGUUGGAGUAUCCUUGGCACGUAACUCCUCUCAUGGCAGCAGUUUGUGCGAGAAGGGAUCCUAAAUUAAUUGAGUGGUUACUCAAUAGUGGGGAGACGAUGACCGGUGUGUUUGAGGGGCCUAACAUGCCCAAUUACAUCACUGUUCUGGAGGCUGCUAUAUCUACAUCAAUCUACAACAGCCUAUUGCCUAUGCUAUUUGAAAAGUAUAUUGAACAGGGGGGUGAUUUACUUUGCCUCCCUCGCAGUCCUCUCCAUAUCGCAGUACUGGAGAGAAACCAUGAAGGGCUUGGAAUUUUACUAAGUGAACUGCGGAAAAGGUACGGCGUAACAAGCAAAACACAACCUCGAUGUGGUUUUGAACACCUGAAGUCCGAUAGCAAACUUUGCUCAUUAAUUAACCAGCGAAACCAAUUGAAUCGCGGCGCAACCGCUCUUCAUCAAGCGGCUGGCUUUGGAGACGUCGAAGGUGUCGAGAUUUUGAUAGCCAAUAUGGCCAACGUGGAUUUGCCCGACGACGAUGGGCGGGCGCCUCUUCAUUUCGCUGCAAGGAAAGGUUUGGAGAGCGUUGUGGACUUACUCAUAGGUCAUGGAGCGCGCUUGGAACCUAGGGAUAGAUGGGGCGAGACACCUCUUAUGAAAGCUUGCAGAAGUGGACGACUUAACAUUGCGAAGUGCCUCAUUGGCUGCAAGGAUCCUGGAGUCUCUAUCAACGAUUACAGAAAUAAUAUGCUCUACCUCUUAACACUUGACAAAUCUGGUCAUCCCGACGACAUAGCGCUAUGGGAAUUGUUGUGUAAAAAGGGCGUGGACCCCCACCAGGCGACUGUCCUUGGGGUAAGCGCUAUUCAUUUCGUGUUGGCUCAUUCACAACAAGAUUUGAUAAGGCAUCUUAUGAGGAAGGAACCCGAUUUGAAAUGGGCUGCAAGAGUGGAAUGGUCCCGAUUGCAUAUUUUGCGUGUUGGAGAUAUGGGAAGGGGCAAUGUUACUCCAAUUACGGACAACUAUUGCCUUCUCCACCGAUAUGCCAACCUUAAAUGGCCUCUGCGGGUAUCAAACUCAGUUACUUCAGGGGAAGAGAGCUUAUUUUACUUUGCGGCGUCUUGGGGGCUCGUCAAGGCUCUCGACAAUCUUCUCAUAAUAGGCGCCGACCUUGAACAAGAAUUUGGUCAACAUGGAACGGCGUUGACGUUAGCAUCCGCCAAUGGGCACCUUGAUGCUGUUAAGUACCUCUUUCGCAAGAAUCCAAGAGGAGUACCUGAGCAGAACCAAGUCAUCAAGGACGCAAUUGGGGCAACGCUCGAUCAUGAGGAGACAGUGCACUGGUUUCUUGUCACGCGGCAUAUUGACCAACACAAGGUUGCGUAUUGCGAGUCGGAUUCUUCUCAAGAACGCAUUAAGCAGUGGGGCUGGUCUGGAAUCCAGAGUAUCCCAAUAUCAUUGAGAUGGGACCAGAGACAGCGCAGGGGUGAAAGUAUGAUGGAAUACGCUAAAAGGCGGCGGGAAAUAGAACUGUCAUUUCGGGGAAAAGUUGCUAAAUGAGUAGGUUCGCGAUCCUGGUUUGGGUGUCGCUAUCACCGACAUGGCUCGGAGCUGGGGCUUGUAGCACGCGUUUCGAAUUAUCUUUCAUGGAUCAUCGGAACAUUUCUGGAUUGGCGGUGUCGUCACGCUUGAUUGGUAUGCUUGAAGGAAUAGUUAUGACAUGAACGACGUGUACUUAUGAAAGGAAUCGGCUCGGAAAAGUAUAUGAGUAUAAUAUGAAUUUGAAGCUUUGUUCUGAUUGUGGUAAUACCCCGAAAGGAGAGAGGAUUCAACACUCACGUUAAUGAGAUCGGCUUUUAAAGUGCAUGAGGCUUCGGUGGGGUUGACGCAUAGAACCUACGAAUACGUCUAUAAUCGGUAACUAAAUGCUAGUCGCUGAAAUGCCGGGUUGCUGACUGCAGAUACUGAGCUGAGCUGGACGAGGUCUCGAAAUUCGCCGAAUGGUAGUAGUAUGUAGAGUGCGAUUUGAAUCCUUUUUACUUAGGUAAGUAGCCUUCUACAUGAAUCUAUUGAAAGUCGGCGACUUUCCAUUUUAC